CCGGGAAAUGUGGAUAAUAGCCGUUGAAUGAUGAAGGGUAAAAAAUCCAGAUAUAAAAUGGGUGGGUACGAAGUAGAAACCGUUUAUAUUCGCUCAAACUCAUUUCAGGUUUGCAAACGGGUCAGCUGAUAGCCGGUGCCUUAUCUUCCACCAUUGAAAUGCCAAACUUUCACCUGAGAUUGUCAUCUCAACAGCAUCCUCUCAGUCGUAUUCCAAACAUCCUUGUGUGGCCGCUUUUUGGUUACGUGGUGCAAUGCACACACUUUCCGUUGAACAAAAUUAAGUGGAAUUAUAAUCUAUCUGUGCUGAGGAACUGGUCUCCUCCACCUGCCUUUGCUGGUUCUGUCCCUGGACUUAAUUCUUUAGGAGCCUUGCACUUCAGCAUUGAUAUGGGGGUUUCUGAUAUUGGCAUGUGCUGUCAGUCAAUAAUCAGCACAGAUUCAUGUGAAAAGAAAAUUUUCAGGAAGCAAGUUCAAGAAAUUAAUUUUAGUGACUUUUCAAAAACUUUGAGUAAAGAUGAUAAGGAGAGGCAAAGACGAGAAAAGAUAGGACUAGCUAACAAAGGGAGACUUCCAUGGAACAAAGGCAGAAAACAUAGUGCAGAAACUCGUGAGCGAAUCAAGCAAAGAACAAUAGAAGCUUUACAAAACCCCAAGGUUAGGAAGAAGAUGUCGGAACGUCCCCGCAGUCAUAGUGGCCAGGUCAAGGCAAAAAUAGGCACUGCCCUUAGACGUAUUUGGCGAAAGCGCUUGAAAUGCAAACAGUUAAAGGAGAAAAUCUUUCUGUCAUGGGCAGAAAGCAUUGCAGAAGCAGCUAAAACAGGAGGAAGUGAACAAGAAAUGCUAGAUUGGGAUAGCUAUGAAACAUUAAAACAAGAUUUAGUUCAACAACAGCUAUGGUUGGCCACAGAAAAGGCCAAGGCAAAGGAGAUGGCAAAACUAAUAAAAGCAGAGAAACAGGCACAAGCAAGAGCAGAAAAGGCAGAGAAGCUUGCUCACAAGCGGAAAAAGGAUGCUGAGAAGGCAAAAGAAAACCGCAAAUCAAAUGGAAACAAAGAAGAGUUGAAACUUAAGCAGAGAUUAACAAAGAUUUGCCGAAAGAUUUCAACAAAUGUUCAAUUCAGCAGUCCGGGCACUGUCAUUUCCUAUAUUCCAUCCGGGGAUAAAUUGGAUCUAGAGCUCAUAAAGAGAGAAAGAUUGCGAAGAGAAGUUUCACUUGCAGAUCAGAUAAGAGCUGCAAAAAACAGAAAAGCAGAAUUUGCGGCUAUGGAAGCACCAACACCGUCAUCCUAUGCUCACCAAUUCAGUGACACACCAAGGGAGUAACUUGAUAUUCUAUAUUCUCAAGAAAGUAGACACAAGAUAUAUAGAGGCAGCUUUGCUGAUGUUUCUAAUAGGAGAAUUGGUUCUUGCACUUCUACAUGCUUAUUCCAGUUGGUAACGACUACCAAGAAUCUUCUCAUUUUCUUUCAGCGUCCUUCCUUGUUAAUGAUGAAGGGCAGGUUCACUAUGCUGCACCCCCUAUGGCUGUGGUAGAGGGAAAAAGAUUUUAUAUCAUCAUCUUUACCACCUGUGAGAGAUUUGACAAUAAAAGCUUCGUGAUGGCCAAUUGAAUUUAGACAGUCAAUUGUUUCUCUAUCUUGUUACAACUUAGUUCUGAUUGAGGAGUGGUAGCAGUGAGGUUUAAGGAAUGGUAGAACAGAUGACAGACUCUCCUUUCUUUUCUUUUCUUUUACAUUGUUUCAGAAGUCAUGUAGUUAGAGAAAUUAUUAGGUAUACAAUGGUUAAUGGAUAUUCUGAUUUUGUUUUAUUGUAUAUAUUCUUCCUGUAAAAAACUAGAGCAGAAGUGAAAGCGCUUCAGGGUUUUACAUUCUUGUUUUUCCAGUCUGAUCACUGGGUUUUGUACAGCAUUUCAAUCUUUAAUCUAAAUAUUACACAGGCAUUUCUCCUUUGCGGCCA